AUGCCGCAGACCUCUGGAGAGGAGAGAGCCAAUCCCGACUGUAAGAUCAUGACCUUCCGCCCGACCUUCGAGGAGUUUAAGGACUUCUCCAGUUACAUCGGCUACAUGGAGUCACAGGGCGCGCAUCGGGCGGGCCUCGCGAAGGUUAUCCCACCAAAAGAGUGGUGUCCAGCCAAGCAGUAUGAUAAAGUGGAGGACAUGACCAUCCCUGCUCCCAUCCAACAGAUGGUGACAGGACAGCAGGGUUUGUACCAACAGUAUAAUAUCCAGAAGAAACCACUGACUGUAAAGGAGUACAGAAAACUGGCUGAGAGUGACAAGUAUCGCACUCCCCGACACAUUGACUAUGAAGACUUGGAGAGAAAGUACUGGAAGAACAUCACCUUCAUACAGCCCAUAUAUGGGGCGGAUAUCUCAGGUACAAGCCAUUAUUCAAGGUUCUUGUAUGACCCGGGAGUGAAAGAGUGGAACAUCAACAGCCUGAACACCAUUCUGGACUAA